GGCGAAUGUAUCACCUUGUGAGUGUGGAGCGAAGCGCAUGAAGAUGCCGCCAAAGCAACGCAUUCACAAGUCGGUGGAGGAAAAGAUGCGCAUCAUUGCGUGUGUGGAAGGAGGCAUGUCGCACCUGGCGGCGUCCAAGGAGUUCGGGGUGUCCAGGCCAGCCGUCACGAAGAUGCUCAAGGAGAAGGACCUCAUUCUUGCCAAGCACGAACGACCACGGGCGACGGCGACCGCGACAUCCCACAAACAAAGCGUCAAAAACGAACCACGCCGGGAAAGCACUACUCACCGGUCGGCAGCAAAUGGAUCGCGCAAGCACGAUGGCGCGUCGUCGGCUGCAGUCCCUCCAACUGCCGGACGCUCGUCGUCUCACCUCGACGUUCAGCCGCUUUUGCAUGCCCAUCAUGUACUCGCAGAGGACGCUACGAAAUCCAGUCGCCCGCGAGUACUACUCGCAGCAUCGGGGAGCGUUGCAGCGGUGAAAAUACCAGCAUUGGCUGUUCAGCUCGCCGCCGUCGCCGAUGUUCGAAUCCUCGUGACAAAAGCGGCGACGUUCUUCCUGGACAUGGCCGCAGCAUACGACCCCGUGGCGCAUGCCGCGUUUGACGCACUCGCUCUGCCAAUUUUGCACGACGACGACGAGUGGUCUGCGUGGUCGAGCCUCGGGGACCCCGUGCUCCACAUCCAGCUGCGGGACUGGGCCGACGUGCUAUGCAUCGCACCGCUAUCUGCCAACACCAUGGCCAAGCUCGCCCAUGGUCUCUGCGACAACCUUCUCACCUGUGUCGCUCGAGCGUGGAGUCCAACGAAACCGGUCAUCGUGGCGCCGGCCAUGAACACACAAAUGUACCAGCACCGAGUGACGAGCUCCCAACUCGCCUUGCUUCGAUCGUUCGGGUACACCGUCGUGCCGCCCGUGUCCAAGACGCUUGCAUGUGGCGAAGUUGGUACGUCGCUGGCUGUGGAGUGUCUUUUGUUGAUUCGAGUGGUCUGGGCAAGGCAAUGGCGCGUUGGCCGCGGUUGAUACCAUCGUCGCGGCCGUCGUGCGGUCGAUUGUUUCGACCCACACACCCACCGACAGCUUCCACGGCGCAACCGCUUCAGCAAAUCCACCUCCUCCUGCUCUGAGUCUGUAGCAAAUGCGCGCUUUCAUUCCAACUGCUUGCGGACGGAUGUCCAAGACAUGGUGUGUUGGCUGGCCCCACAGGCUCCUACUGCGCCGCCCACUUCAGCCCGUUGCUUUCUGACGCGGCAUGGGAGCACCCGAUGGCCGCGCGCAUGGCCUCCCGCCCUGGAUAGAUCGUUCCACAUGGCCCUCUUCAUUUUCCGUCGACGUAAUGUACACGUCUCGUCACGCUGCUCCGUCGUCUGGUCCACCCAAUUGCGCGU